AUGAAUACAGCAACACCAGAAAAUGCCAAAAUUACUGACUCAAUUCCAGAAGAAACUGGAGAUAGAGUCAGGCUCAAAAAACAACUUGGACUCCUCGAAGGCGUUGCAAUCAUUUUGGGCAUCAUAUUUGGAUCUGGUAUAUUCAUCUCACCGACGGGCGUGAUGAUACAUGCUGGAUCGGUGGGUGUCAGCUUGACCGUGUGGAUCAUGUGCGGCAUGCUGUCCAUGAUCGGUGCACUGUGUUACGCUGAACUGGGCACGUCCAUACCGCGGUCGGGAGGCGACUACACGUACCUGUUCGAAGGAUUCGGACCUCUGCCGGCGUUCCUCUACUUGUGGGACGCUAUGCUCGUGUUUGUGCCAACAACCAACGCCAUCAUGGGACUGACGUUCGCCAACUACGUCAUCAAGCCAUUCUUCCCGGAAUGCGACAACCCGGAGCAAGCGGUCAGACUCCUGGCGGCUGCCGUGAUUUGUUUCAUAACUUUCAUCAACUGCUGGAACGUCAAGGCCACCACCAAAGUUCAAAACGUGUUCAUGUUCACCAAGAUAUCAGCUCUGGUGUUGAUCAUCGUGUGCGGCGGCGUUUACAUGUACUCAAACGGAUUUUCCAAGUUCAUGAACCCUUGGCAAGGAUCGGUGACAGACCCCGGCAGACUGGCCGUGUCCGUUUAUUCCGGAAUAUACUCAUACUCGGGAUGGAACUAUUUGAAUUUCAUGACCGAAGAACUAAAAAACCCUUACGUGAACCUGCCGAGGGCCAUUUACAUUUCCAUGCCGUUGGUGACCAUCAUCUACGUGUUGGCCAACGUUGCGUACCUUGCCGUUCUAACGCCGCACGACAUGGAGACAACCAAAGCGAUUGCCGUCACAUUUGGUCACUUUGCAAUGGGUUCGUUCGAAUGGAUCAUGCCACUGAUGGUUGCCCUAUCAGCAUUUGGUGGUCUGUGCGUUCAUAUAAUGACUUCAUCCAGAAUGUGCUUUGUCGGAGCGAGAUACGGUCACUUCCCAACGUUUUUGUCAUACAUCAAUGUGGAACGGUUCACACCAACCCCAUCUCUAGUGUUUCUGAACAUCUUAUCUUUACUCAUGCUUUUCACAAGUGAUGUUGAGAUGCUUAUAACAUAUUCUAGUAUUGUGGAGGCAUUCUUCACAAUGCUAUCGGUGUCCUCAGUAUUGUGGAACCGAUGGAAACGUCCAAACAUUAACAGGCCAAUCAAGGUUUCCCUUUGGAUCCCAAUUACGUAUGUAAUACUGUCAUUAUUUUUGAUUGUGUUGCCGUGUUACGUAAAACCUUUUGAAGUUGGCAUGGGAGUUGGCAUCACUCUGUUAGGCAUUCCAGUGUACUAUUUAUGUGUAGUUUGGAAAACCAAACCUGUGUGGUUCCAAAAUUCAUUGAAGCAUGUGACGUUCACCAUCCAAAAGUUGUUUGUUAGUGCCAAAGAAGAAAAAGCAGAGGACAUUUGGGAAUAA